CUGGAUGAAAGGAAUGAGUGGUUCCAAGCUUCAAACUUGGAAGAAGUUCCAUCUCAAUAAAAAUUAUCAAACACCUUCAACUAAACCCAGAAAAAUUAGGAAAGCCCUAAUAAAAAAAGUUCACUAUAUUUUAACAUUUCUGCAUUUGCGCUCCCUAGCGUGCCAAUUAGGAUUAGAAUCUCUCACAGGUCAUUAGAAUAAUAUAACCUGUCUGUAGGGAUUUACUUCAACCAUGGCCUCAACUUCCUCCACAACCUUAUCGAUCUCCUCUUCAUCAAGCCUUGUUGACGCCAAGGCUCCUCGCCAAUCAGCAGCUGCAUCAUCACAAUGUGUGACCCUCCCCACCCUUCCUCCUCCUCCUGUCCAGUCUCAGAACCGUCCCUGGAACACCACUGCUUAUUGUCGAAAGAUAGCGCGAAAUGUUAUGGCUAUGGCUACAGGAGAGGCUCCAGCUGAGGUUGCUACAACUGAGCUGCCAGAGAUUGUCAAGACAAUUCAGGAAGCUUGGGAUCAGGUGGAAGACAAGUAUGCAGUGUCUUCACUAGCAGUGGCUGGAGUAGUUGCCCUUUGGGGUUCCACUGGGUUGAUCUCGGCAAUUGAUAGGCUUCCUUUGAUUCCUGGGGUUCUUGAGGUUGUUGGCAUUGGUUACACUGGAUGGUUUGCAUACAAGAACCUUAUUUUCAAACCUGACAGGGAAGCUUUGGUAGCAAAAAUAAAAGCCACAUACAGCGAAAUAAUUGGGAGCAGCUAAAAGGGAAUCCUCCGCUGAAGCGAAAUUUUUUCAUGAUUGUGCACAAGUAAACGUGCUUCAUUUCCUUUGCAUAAGUUAAUUUCUAACCACCAGAGUAAAUCCUUGUAAUAUCUCUAAGACAAGUAAUUAAAUAUUUAAUUUCUCCACCUUUUAACGUUA